AUUUAAGGUUGGCAUUUGACAUCUUCACAGCCAGUAUAUAUUAAUUUUCUAUCAUUAGUACAUCAUGACAUCUACCAUAUACAGAUCGACGAAGCUGUUUGUGUUAUAUACGCUAUUGCAAGCUGUCAUUGUAUUAGCACAACCUUUAGACACCGCCAUAGGCUCACAUACACACAAUGGAAUGAGUUCAAAUUCAAUCCGGCUUCCCGCAAACGACGCAACAGACACCUGUCCCCAUGGGUCGACUUGCUGUCCUGUAUGUGGUAUGGCCUUGCAAAUCGACGAUUCCUUCAAACUAGUGUACAAUGAAGGUCAAUAUCUAAAUACAUGCAGCCUGGGGUGUGCACACAAAUUAGCGGACGACCCCCUAUUAUACCAGACCAGCAAUUCUGAGGGUAUACUUGCAAGUGGGUCAGCCCUGGAACAGACUGACGAACUCAGUAGGAAAGAUCAAGAGACAGACGACCAUAUAAGCGAUCACAACGCCGGUGAUCUCGAAGGGAAACAAUGUCCCGUAUGCGGCAUGCAGGCUACUAAAGAACACUACAUACACUUCAAGGGUAGACAGAGCCUGUGGUUCUGUGGAAUGAGCAACCAGGUAACUAACUUUUUCGAAGCGCCCAGGAACUACCUACGCACCAUCAAGCACAUGAAGAAGGAUGUGGAAGAUGUUUCCUACUGCUCAGGUCGUACGGUCAUGUUCAUGUACGAUGGGUUCACAACACAAGAUACAACAUGUAUAGUCCUGUGGUUCUCCUGGUUUGUAUUGGAUUCACGUUUCAAGAUGAUGGUCGGCAUGCUGGCGUGUUUCGGGCUGGCUGUGUUCCACGAGUACAUGUCGUCAUAUCGACGCGGGCUUGUGUACCUGCAGCGUAUGCAGGCUCUCGAGGGAAGGCCUCGUAAAGGCUCAGACGACUCGACCGAGCGAACUACCUUAAUAGUAUCACCAGGCAACCGAGGUAGCAACAAGCACCGCAGGAACAAGAAACUUGACGCAACUGUGGCUCUACUACACGGAUUAAGUCUUGUGACGGGGUAUUUGGCCAUGUUGGCUGCCAUGACGUACAGUACAUAUCUAUUUUUGUCUGUUAUUGCUGGGUUCUCGACAGGCCAGUAUCUCUUCAGAGACUGCGACGCCCCGAUUGCACCUGGGGAUACGAUAGAAGUGAGCGGCGAUCCAUGUUGUGCCGUGUAACGUGGGAAAUGGGCUGGGGAUUCGGGCACGGUAAUUAUUAGAAUGAAUGCUUGAGUAUAUUAGGAAUAUGUAUAUAUUAAACGAGUUGGUACGAAGGUAACAGCAGGGAUAAGCGGGG